AUGGCCCACUCGGCAGCCCCCGGCCUCCAGCUCCCCGCCACUGCUCUGCUGCAGGACUGGGGCUGCUGCGGACCCCCGGACCACGAGGGCUACAGCAGCAGCUCGCCCGCACCCUCGCCCGACUCCUGCGGCCUCUCGUCUCCCGCUGCUGCCCGGGGACCCUGCCGUGCCCCUGCUGGGGUCCGGGGCUCAGGGCCGGGUGGCCCGCGGCAGAGCGCCAGCGAGCGGGAGAAGUUGCGGAUGCGGCGGCUGGCACAGGCACUGCUGCGGCUGCGGCACUACCUGCCACCCGCACUGGCGCCUGCAGGGCAGAGCCUCACCAAGAUCGAGACCCUGCGCCUCGCCAUCCGCUACAUCGCCCACCUCUCAGCCCUGCUGGGGCUCAGCGAGGAGGCGCUGGCCCGGCAGCGGGGGGUGGCCCCCCGGCACUGCCCCCUCUGCCCCCAGGGCCUGGGGUGCUGCCAGACCCCGGACCUCUGCCUGCACCUGCUGACCCCAGCCCCGCGGGAUGCUUUGUCCCCCGGCACUGUGGGCUGGGGGUCACCUCCCACGGUGGGGACCCCCCUGGAGCUGCAUGGGGCUCCUGGUAUGGGGACAGGGGCCUGGGGGUCACCCCCUUGUGGCCCUGCUGCAGGGACCCCCCCAGAGGUGCUUGGAGCUCCCGACACGGGGAUGGAGGUCUGGGGGUCACCCCCCUACCUCCCUGUGACGGGGACGCCCCCGGAGCUGCACGGGGCUGUUGCUUCCAACACAUCCUCCUGGCUGUCCCCUCCUCACUGCACAGGGGCAGGGGCCCCCCUGGACCUCCCCAGUGACCCCCUCCUGGAUGCGGGGCUGAUGCUGCCGGAGUUCAUGGAUGCAGGGACAGUCACCCAGGACCUCUCCACAGACCUGCUCUCUCUCUUGGAGGCUUUGCUCCCACGACAGCCCCAGGACUGA